ACGAUCACAGAUCAGUUUGUGUUGAAACCUCUUGGAAAGCAGAUCAUUUUCUUUAAAACCCGUUUGUGGUAAAGUGUAGAAACUUGACAUCUGUCAAAAUGCAAUUUUCAAUUGUGAUUUUGGCCUCGCUAUUGGCCUGCACAUGGGCCGGCAAUGUGCCCACCCAGCCAGCACCCAAACAAUUGGUUUGCUACUAUGAUUCGGCCAGUUUCGUCAAGGAAGGCCUUGCCAAAAUGGUCGUUGACGAUUUGGAACCCUCCUUCCAAUUCUGUACCUACAUCAUCUACGGCUAUGCCGGCAUUGAACGUGACUCCUUCAAGGCAAUGAGUUUGAAUCAAAAUCUUGAUUUGGAUUUGGGCAAGGGUUUGUACCGUACCGUUACCCGUCUAAAGCGUAAAUAUCCCAAUGUUAAGGUUAUGUUGAGCGUUGGUGGUGAUCGUGACAUUGAGACCGGCGAAGAUGCCAAGGACUUGCCUAACAAAUAUUUGGAACUUUUGGAAAAUCCCAUUGGUCGUCAACGGUUCAUUAACACCGUUUAUGCUUUGGUCAAGACCUAUGGCUUUGAUGGUGUCGAUAUGGCCUAUCAAUUCCCCAAGAACAAGCCCAAGAAGGUACACAGCGGUUUGGGUGGUUUCUGGAAGGGUAUUAAAAAGACUUUCACCGGUGAUUUUGAUGUUGAUCCCGAUUCGGAAAUGCACAAGGAACAGUUUACCGCCUUGAUGCGUGAAUUGAAAAAUGAAUUGCGUCCCGAUAACUAUUUGGUCUCGGCCACAGUUUUGCCAAAUGUCAAUUCGUCGAAAUUCUUUGAUGUCCCGGCCUUGAACAGCUACGUGGACUUUGUCAAUUUGGCUGCCUUUGACUUCUACACCCCUGAACGCAACCCCAAGGUGGCUGAUAUUGCCGCUCCUCUCUACCCCUUGGCUGAUCGUGAUCCCGCAUUCAGUGUCGAUUCCGUAGUCCAACAUUGGUUGCGCAACGGCUUCCCCAGCACCAAGAUUAAUGUUGGCAUCAGCACCUAUGGCCGUCCCUGGAAAAUGACUGAUGACUCUGGGGACUCCGGUGUACCACCAAUUUCCAAGGUAGAAAAUGAAGCUCCCAAGGGUGAGAACACCCAAAUCCAAGGUCUGUACAGUUGGCAAGAGGUUUGCCAAAUGUUGCCCAAUGCCAACAACAUGUAUGCCAAGGGUGCCAAUGCCCCAUUGAAAAAGGUUCUUGAUCCCAGCAAAAGAAGUGGUGUCUAUGCCUUCCGUGCUGCCGAUAAGAAGGGCGACCAUGGUGUUUGGGUAUCCUAUGAAGAUCCCGAUACAGCUGCCGAAAAGACCGCCUAUUCGAAGAAUUUGAAUUUGGGUGGUGUUGCUUUGUUCGAUUUGGAAUACGAUGAUUUCCGUGGCUUGUGUGUCGGUGAGAAAUAUCCCAUUUUGAGAGCCAUCAAAUAUCGUCUACUCAACUAAAGCGCAGCGAGAGAGAGAGAGCAGGAGAAGAUGAUUUUGUUUUUUAGGAAUUUAUAAAACACUCACAUUUUAUGUUUUUUUUGCACUAAUUUUAAGGUGUACAUUUAUUUUGCAUAGUUUUUUUGAAAAUCGAAAAUAAAAAAAAAAUUAAAAAAAAA